AUGGAGAACAACUCAGGUGAUCCCCAGAAUUUGAAUCUGGAGCUAGGGAUGUUUUUCAACCAGGAAUUCCUCACCAAGGACAGGGAUAACUCUUUGCAACUUGUAGAUAUCGCUGAGAAUACGUUGGGUGAAGAUUCAUCGUCAAACAUCCAAUGGCAAUUUGGUGGUGAAAACAAUAAUGCUCAGCCCCAGCAAAACAUCAAUGAAGAUAUGAUGUUCCUGGAGACCUAUGAGGACCCCUUUUUAUCUUCAAAUGCCACAGACGUAGCUGUCAAUGGCGUAGGAAGGAUGGGAAGCGGUUCUGCCCACACAGGAGUGAACGAGAUCGACGAGUCUCCGCCGUUCACAAUAGAGCUGGAUAUGUUCUUUGAUCCCAUGACCAUUGAUGACGACCAAAACUCAAAGAAGACCCCCCAGAGUGUAUUUGUAGAUUACAACACUCCACUGCUGAAUCAGUUCGACCAGCACCUGAUUCUGCUGCUGCUGUAUCAACACCAGCAGAGACAGAACGCUCAGUCGCAAUCUCAAACGCAACUCCAGGGUCAAGCACAGGGUCAAAUUCCUGCUUCGGCGCUGUACCAACAGCAGCUCUUGCUGCAUGUCCCCGUCUACCAUCGUGGUUCAAUCGAUAGCAAUUCACAGCAAUUGCCUGUGAAUGGUAACAUGCCUGGAUUGAACUUUAACAAUGGGUCUGGAUUCCAUGAGCUUUCGCCGCUCACCACUGUCAACUCUCAUACUCCAUCGGUAAGCUCUGUGCAUUCGCAACAGCUAUCGUUUUUCUCGGCGCAUCAAUAUCUUACCAGAAACUCCAUAGACCAAUCACAUCCGCCGUCAACUAACCAUCAUCGGGCUUCAUUUGAUGUUUAUUCCAAGAGUAGGGUAUCUAUUGACAGCCAACAGUCAUAUAACAAUUUCAGCAUGAAUAAUGGUGUUAACACCAAUAAUAACAGUAAUAAUAAUAACAAUGCAAACAAUAUCAACAUGAAUGGUAGCAAUUCCGGUGCUAACAAGAAGAAUUCUAAUACCACCAGCUUUUUUGGCUCCAGUGGCAACAAUAAUAGCAAGAGGGAUAGAACUGCGGCGCCUGGAAGAUACACCAGCUUUUCGUUCACGAACUACAUUCCUUUCAUGAGUGACAAGAAUAGUGCGCAUCAAAGGCUUGAUUCUGGCCCAACGUCGCCUUCAUCUAAUUCUCCUCCUUUUGCCCAACAACUGGAGCAAUACCAGCAGCUGCUGCAACAACAACAGCAGCAAUAUCAGCAGCAACAGCAAGAAUCAGAACAAAGACAGCAAUUACAGCAAGAAUUUCAAAACCCACCACCUCAGGCUUCGAGACACCUUAUUCGUAGCAUUUUCAAAAAUAAGAACCCUACUCUCUUCCCAUCUAAUGAGCAAGGUAUCGACAAUAAUGUAAGUAAUAAUGGCCAAAAUGUUGAUGGUGGUGAAGAGGAGCUAAACUAUGAUGGAAUGGAAGGUUUACUUAGCACUCUAGGUAAUACUGGGACUGGAAGUGGAGUUGGCGAUUUUAGUGAAAAUUACAUGGCUCAACUGCAAGGACAGGGUAUUGGCCUCGGACCAGGCUUCGAUGCAAAUUCUUCAAAUGGCUAUCAAGGAACUGAUCUUGACGACAAAAAGCCUAAGAAAAUAAAAAGAAGUUUAUUUACAAGAUUCAAGUCGCUGAACCCUGAAGAGAACAACUCACUAAUUAAAGAGGAAAAUGUCGCCUUGGACUCUAUGGAAGAAAAAUUGAUUGGAGAUGACCACUCAUCCGUCAGCAUUCCUUCAUCUACUUCCAAUACAGGAGGUGCACUUCUGGUAGACCCGACUUUACUGAAUUCUUCACAUAGCAACAUUAACGCUAGUGAACCUGAUUAUGCGGCACUUUUCGAAAGAGUUGGAAAACGUAAGAAUAUUGUAAACACAUCCCUGUUUAUUAAAACUAAAGGGAAAGUCACUAAGGCUGACCUGCAGCAACAGCAACAACCGCAGCUGUUGCUGCUUCGUCAUUCUGAGAGCGAUAUUUCUUCAAACCCUGUUGAUAGCUUUGAUAACAAUUCCUUCGAGAAUGCUUCUGUGCAAAUCAAAGAAGAGCCAAUUGAUCAAAUUCCAAGUAACGAGCUAAAUGGUUCUAGCAACGAGCAAAUAAAUGGUGCAAAAUCUUCAUCAUUGGCAAAUGCUUCAAAGAGGAUUCUUGGUUCUAAGCUAUUGAAGAAAAAGAGUAUGCCGGCUACCGGCCCCUCAAGCAAUUCAAUAGGAUCAUUUGACUCUGGUUUAGAUGAUAACAAAGUCAGUGCAGAAGUCCAUAGAGAUUCAAGUCUUGAUUUAGAGACUUCAUACACAAAUAAUAGUAGCUUUAGUAACAACUAUAAGUCUAAUACUCAAGAGGAAAUCGAGCUUGGAGAAAAGGGCGGAGUGGAAGUCAAAAUUAAUCUUAAAGAAUUAGACUUACCACCCACCACCCAAAUUUUCCCCACCAGUAUAAUUAAUUCAAAAUCUAAGACAAGAGGACGUAAAGAAAACAAGGAAGCUGAUAUGCUGGAUCUGUCUAAAAUAUUUUUAUGUAGUUAUUGCUCAAGAAGGUUCAAGAGACAAGAACAUUUGAAGCGACACUUUAGAUCCUUGCAUACAUUUGAGAAGCCCUACGAUUGUCAAAUUUGCCAAAAGAAAUUUAGCAGAUCAGAUAACUUGAAUCAGCAUUUAAAAAUACAUAAGCAAGAGGAAGAAAUGGCAGCUCAAGGUCUUACUUUAACUGGGGAACCUCUACCUGGACUUGGCAAUAGCGCAGAAUCGGAUGAUGAACGGGAGAUGAAAGAAGAGGGUUGGAACAAAAUUAAAGAGGAAGAGAUGACCUAA